AUACGCCCGCUGUCAUCCCCCGCGUCGAGCCGGCUUCACCUUGUUUUCAUGGCGGGAGGAGGCUGCUGCUAGCGGGGCACGACCUGGAGGAGAGCAGCCGAGGAGGUGGAAGUGUGUCGGGAUAGAGGCGAGCGCCAAAACCCGGGAAGGGAGACAUUAGGUGGCACUGCAGAGGUUUUAGCCCCUCGUUUCGGGCUUCUGUGACGUCUCCCGUAGGUGCCCCUGUGCCUCUGACGCAGCACCAUGGCAGGGGCGUCGGUGAAGGUGGCGGUCCGAGUCCGCCCCUUCAACUCCAGGGAGAUCAGCCGCGAGAGCAAGUGUAUCAUUCAGAUGUCUGGAAACACCACAACCAUCAUCAACCCCAAACAGGCCAAAGACAACAAGAGCUUCAACUUUGAUUACUCCUACUGGUCUCACACUACGCCAGAGGACGUUAAUUAUGCGUCUCAGAUGCUUGUGUACAAAGACAUUGGGGAGGAGAUGCUGCUUCAUGCCUUUGAAGGAUACAACGUCUGCAUCUUUGCCUAUGGACAGACUGGAGCUGGGAAGUCCUACACCAUGAUGGGCAAACAAGAUGUCAAAGAUCAGCAAGGAAUCAUCCCACUGAUGUGUGAAGAUCUUUUCAGUAAAAUCAAUGAAAACACAGAUAACAGCCUGUCUUACUCAGUUGAGGUAAGCUACAUGGAAAUCUACUGUGAGCGUGUGCGGGACCUUUUAAACCCCAAAAACAAAGGGAAUCUUCGUGUCCGUGAGCACCCCCUGCUGGGACCGUAUGUGGAGGACCUGUCCAAACUCGCUGUCACUUCCUACAACGACAUCCAGGACCUGAUGGACUCAGGCAACAAGGCCCGAACUGUCGCGGCCACAAACAUGAAUGAAACCAGCAGCCGCUCACACGCUGUCUUCAAUAUAAUCUUCACACAGAGGCGCCACGACGCUGACACCGACAAUGUAUCUGAAAAGGUCAGCAAAAUCAGUCUGGUGGAUUUGGCCGGCAGUGAGAGAGCUGACUCAACUGGAGCAAAGGGGACAAGGCUUAAGGAAGGAGCUAAUAUCAACAAAUCUCUCACCACCUUGGGAAAAGUCAUCUCAGCAUUGGCAGAAGUGGAUUCUGGGCCAAAUAAGAAUAAAAAGAAGAAGAAAGUUGAAAGUUUUAUUCCUUACAGAGAUUCAGUCCUAACAUGGCUGCUCAGAGAAAACCUGGGUGGGAAUUCUCGAACAGCGAUGGUGGCAGCUCUGAGUCCUGCCGACAUAAACUACGAUGAAACUCUUAGCACUCUCAGGUACGCAGAUCGUGCCAAACAGAUCCGCUGUAAUGCUGUCAUCAAUGAGGAUCCAAACAACCGCCUGGUCCGAGAGCUGAAGGAGGAAGUGUCCCGCCUCAAAGACUUGCUCUAUGCUCAGGGCCUGGGCGAUAUCAUCGAGAUGACCAAUGCUAUGACCGGGAUGAGCCCCUCGCCCUCUCUCUCUGCCCUGUCCAGUCGAGCUGGGUCCAUCGCCAGCCUUCACGACCGCAUCAUGUUCAGCCCUGGCAGUGAGGAGGCCAUUGAGAGGCUAAAGGAAACAGAGAAAAUCAUUGCAGAACUCAAUGAAACCUGGGAGGAGAAACUCCGCAGAACAGAAGCCAUCAGAAUGGAGCGAGAGGCUUUGCUGGCAGAAAUGGGUGUUGCAAUGCGAGAGGAUGGUGGGACACUGGGAGUAUUUUCACCUAAAAAGACUCCACAUUUGGUGAAUUUGAAUGAAGACCCUCUGAUGUCUGAAUGCCUCCUGUACUACAUUAAAGAUGGAAUCACCAGAGUUGGGCGUGAAGAUGCCAGCAGCCGUCAGGACAUAGUUCUCAGUGGUCAUUUUAUCAAAGAGGAGCACUGCACCUUCACCAGUUCAUCAGACGCCAAUGGAGAAACUGUGAUACUGGAGCCGUGUGAAGGAGCAGAGACCUAUGUGAACGGGAAGAGAGUCACCGAACCCACUGUUCUCAAAUCAGGAAACCGCAUCAUUCUGGGUAAGAGCCAUGUUUUCCGGUUCAACCACCCGGUGCAGGCGCGGGCGGAGCGGGAAAGGACUCCCUGCGCAGAGACCCCCUCGGAGCCUGUGGACUGGGCCUUUGCUCAGAGGGAGCUGCUUGACAAACAGGGCAUCGACAUGAAACAAGAGAUGGAGCAGAGGCUGCAGGAGCUGGAGGACCAGUAUCGCAAAGAGAGGGAAGAGGCAAACAACCUACUGGAACAACAACGUCUGGAUUAUGAAAGUAAACUAGAAGCCCUUCAAAAACAAGUGGACCGUUGCUACCCAGAUGCUGUUGAGGAGGAAGAGGAGCCAGAGGAAGAAGUUCAGUGGACCGAGAGGGAGAGAGAUUUGGCCCUGUGGAGUUUCCGAAAGUGGAGAUCUUACCAGUUCACCUCUCUGCGUGACCUCUUAUGGGGCAAUGCCAUUUUCCUGAAAGAGGCCAAUGCUAUAAGUGUGGAGCUAAAAAAGAAGGUACAGUUUCAGUUUGUUCUGCUGACCGACUCUCUGUACUCUCCCCUGCCCCCGGACUUCUUGCCCCCGGAGGCAAAUAGUGACAGAGAGAAGCACCAGUUCCCCCGCACCAUUGUGGCUGUUGAGGUGCAAGACCAGAAGAACGGGGCCACACACUACUGGACCCUAGAAAAACUCAGACAAAGGCUUGAUUUGAUGCGGGACAUGUACGAUCGUGCAGCUGAAGUGCCUAACAGCUCCACUGAGGACAGUGAAAAUGUGAUGACCGGAGGCGACCCCUUUUACGACCGCUUCCCCUGGUUCAGGCUGGUCGGGAGAGCAUUUGUGUAUCUAAGUAACCUUCUGUACCCGGUUCCUUUGGUUCAUCGCGUCGCCAUUGUCAACGAGAGAGGAGAAGUCAAGGGCUUUCUGAGAGUGGCAGUGCAGGCCAUAUCAGCCGAUGAAGAGGCCCCAGACUAUGGCUCAGGAGUGAGGCAGUCCGGCACUGCUAAGAUCUCCUUUGAGGACCAGCAAUACGAGAAGUUCCAGUCUGAGUCGUGCUCUGUGGGGCUGUCCCGUAAGGGUGUGUCCCAGGAGGAGCUGCGUAUAGUGGAGGGAGAGGGGCAGAGCACAGAGAUGGGACCUUCAGCUGAUGAAGUGAACAACAACACAUGUGCGGCUGAUGCAGAUGACGACAAUCCUGUGAAGGCUGGACUGGAAGAGGCGAACUUGGAGCAUCUUCAGGUUGGAAAUCUUUUCACUUUCAGAGUCACGGUGCUCCAGGCCUCCAGCAUCUCUGCAGAGUAUGCCGACAUCUUCUGCCAAUUCAAUUUCAUCCACCGCCAUGAUGAAGCUUUUUCAACUGAACCCUUAAAGAACACAGGUCGUGGUCCACCUCUCGGCUUUUACCAUGUCCAGAAUAUUGCUGUUGAAGUCACCAAAUCGUUCGUGGACUACAUCAAGACUCAGCCAAUCGUGUUCGAGGUGUUUGGACAUUAUCAGAAGCAGCCUUUCCUCCCACUCUGCAAAGAUGUUAUGAGCCCACUCCGACCCUGCAGGAGACAGUUCCCCCGGGUCAUGCCUCUUUCUAAACCGGUCCCGGCCACAAAACUGUCUGCACUCACGCGACCGCAGGCUGGACCUUGUCACAGCAAAUACGACCUUAUGGUUUUCUUUGAGAUCUGUGAACUAGAGGCAAAUGGAGACUACAUCCCUGCAGUGGUGGAUCACAGAGGAGGGAUGCCCUGCCAUGGCACUUUCCUUCUUCACCAGGGCCUCCAGAGAAGAAUCGCUGUCACUAUAGUACAUGAAUCUACAGGGGACAUUGAAUGGAGAGAUAUCAGAGAACUUGUAGUAGGACGUCUCCGCACAACCCCAGAAUCAGACGAGACAAUCAUAGACCCCAAUAUUUUGUCCUUGAACAUUUUGUCUGCAGGAUAUGUCCGACCUUUGCCGGAAGACAGGACGUUUUAUCGCUUUGAGGCAGCGUGGGACAGCUCAAUGCACAACUCUUUGUUAUUGAACCGAGUGACUCCAAAUGGGGAGAAGAUCUACAUGACACUAUCAGCCUAUUUAGAGAUGGAGAACUGCUCUCAGCCCGCAGUCAUUACCAAAGACAUCUGUAUGGUCUUCUACUCCCGGGACACUAAGCUCUCGGCCUCACGCUCCAUCCGUAAUCUCUUUGGGACGGGCAGUCUCAGAGCAGCAGAUGGGAACCGAAUAACAGGAGUCUAUGAAGCCAGUCUUUGUAACUUGGCAGAUAUAGGAAGCCCAGGUAUGCAGAGGAGGCGGAGGCGGGUGUUGGACACCUCGGUGGCGUACGUCCGUGGAGAGGAGAACCUGGCUGGGUGGAGACCACGCAGUGACAGCCUCAUCCUGGAGCAUCAGUGGGAGCUAGAGAAACUCAGCCUCCUACAAGAUGUGGAGAAGACAAAGCACUUCCUUCUGUUACGAGAGAAGCUGGAGUCGAGUCUCGUGUCAGGACCAGACCCAGUUCAGUCCUGUUUGACCGAGGACCUGACAGAGACUCCUCAGACCUCAGAGGACCAUGAGGCUGCCCCCUGCUCUGAAAUCAUCACAGAGAGGCAGAGGGAGCUCGCAGAGAGGUGUUUACGGCUGCUCAUGCAUUCCUUCAACAGAGAGUACAGCCAUGUUUGUAUCAGCGCCAGUGAGAGCAAGAUCUCUGAGAUGUCAGUUACAACUCUCAAAGACUCCCCUUCAGUGUCCACAUUUAACACGAUCGCUCCCUCCACAACUUGCCCUUCACUGGUGGAGGGCUGCUAUGUGCCCGCUGAUCUCAGACCCCCCACGCCUCACUCUGGUGCGGUCAGUCCCAGUCCAGACUCACAUCCUGAGCCAGAGGAAAAGAAGCCCCACAGCGCCCCCUCUGACACAAAACCACGCAGCAGAAGAUUUGUUCCUGACAUCCAGGAGAUCAGAGUCAGUCCCAUAGUAUCAAAGAAGGGUUACUUGAACUUCCUGGAGCCUCACACAAACGGGUGGAUAAAGCGUUUUGUGGUGGUGCGGAGGCCUUACGUCUACAUCUACAACUCAGACAGAGACGGGGUGGAGCGAGCCAUCCUCAACCUCUCCUCUGCUCAGGUGGAGUACAGCGAGGACCAGCAAGCCAUGCUCAAGACUCCAAACACAUUCGCCGUGUGCACAGAACAUCGCGGAAUCUUGCUUCAAGCCAACAGUGAAAAGGACAUGCAUGACUGGCUCUAUGCGUUCAACCCUCUUCUCGCAGGAACUAUCAGAUCAAAACUGUCAAGAAGAAGAGUUGGACAGAUGAGGAUGUGAAACUGGAAAAUCACAAAGACUUGAUGUACAUAAAUCUGUGUCUUCUUUUUGUGCUGAGCUGCGUCCUCUUCAUCACCAACCACCUUCUUCAUCAUCAACAAACAAACAAACAAACAACUUUACUACCAUCUUUUUACUUUGUCCGCCGUAUCCUCAGCAACACCUAUCCGUAUCCGCCCUUUGCUGCGCUGUGAGUCUCGCUGUCACUGUUCCGUACUGGAGGUUAUUUAUAAAUGGACAAAUGGAAAAAAGAAAAUAUGGAAGCAGUAGCAUCUCAAAAGUCAAAAUUACUCAUGUAUGUUAAUGUGCUGUAGUCGUAAUUGUCAGUGAGCCUUUUACAUUGACUCUUCAAAUGCAGAGAUAGUUAGCUUUCACUUACAGCUGCCAUGUUAUCAAGAAAAUAAGAAAAUUCUACAGCUAAAAAAUAUUCACCGGUUUGCAUAACGCAUACAGCUUGACAAUAACUACAAGAAAAAUAAUAUUGAGGCUAUCUCUGAAGCUAUUUCUGAAUAUUUUCUAUGGUCUGUGAAUCUAAUGUAAUUUGCUUCAUAUUAAGAAAACAAAGUAAACAGUAUUGGUAUCGCACUUGAUGUCCAUGAAGGUCAAUCAUCCAACAUUAUAAAUCAAAGGGUUAAAAGAACAGAACGCCUUUGUUUAAGAGUAACUCACCCCUAUCCUCCUUUAGAAGUCUUGUUUAUUAAGAAUGGAAUAAAAAUAUGAAUAAAAUAAAAUAAAAAUGUGGCCACGUAACACUCUGGCUGCUAGAAGACAAGUAUAAAAAGCAUGUUCAAAAUACAAUCAUGUACUAAAACAAGCGCUUAUGUCCCAGCUGCCAAUCAAAGUUUUACCCCCCGUGCUUAACCUCGCUCCUACCAAAGUUUCGGCAGUGAGCUAGGGCUGAGUUACUCUUAAAGUUUUUGAUAUGUCAUCUAAAACCCAUAUCACUCAAACUUUCCUCUUCCAUGUUUUCGCUAAUCACUUAUCAAAGCUCCCCUCUUCCUCUCAUUUUCCUUUGUUUAAAAUGUGAUAUUGUUAGAUUUUUAAUAACAACUUUAGUAUUUAUUAUUUCUGCAUGUAUUUAUUUUCAAAGACAUCUAUAUUUCUAUUGUAGAACACAGUGCAAUUUCUGCACACUGCACUUUUUAAUAUGUUCUCGAGAAUGGUACCACCUCUUCCCUUCUUCUCCUACUAUACAACUUAGCCUCUAUUGUUAAUAUUGGACAGUUUCUUUUGACUGAAAAUUACUUGAAAUACAACUACUACUAAUGUUAAAAGAGAAGAAAAUAAUUGAUAGUUGAAAUGACGAGUGCCCCAAAUAAUAUAAUUUACUUUGAACUGACAGAAAACUGGUUUUAUGAAUGAUACUAAUUAAAAAGUAGUGCCUAUCUUUUACUCAUAUUGUACAUGUUAAAAUCUACAACCUUUGCUUUAAACAGCUCCCAUUUGCUGCUGCGAUGAAACUACUCUGCUAAUGAGACCACGUAUUUCUAUUUUCAACAACAUAAUCAGGUGCACAGUUAUGAAUGUGUAAUCACUAUCUGUCAUUUUUCCAUUGAUAUAAUUGAUCAUAUUUUACAUCUACGAAAUGUGAAUGACCAAAUGCGUGAAAGGAAACAUAAUAUAAUAAUUAUAUUGUUUUAUUUCAUAUUAAAUUGUGCAAUAAAUGUAUAAAUAUCCCUAAAACUUAAGUGAAAUGACGGGCGAAGUUGUUGAUUUUGAAGCAAGCCAAAGGUCAGCCAGCCUUGAGAGCAAUUUCAAAGUCAACACGUACUUCACUUUAAACAUAACUCUCGGAAUAAAAAAAUUAUUCCGUAACAUCUAAUGACAAAGUGUUUAUGCUCCAGCCUCUGUUAGGUGGUUGUGGGUUAAAUUCUGUUAUCCAUGAAUGUUGAAUUAGUAAAUCUAAAAAGCAUCUUAUGAAUAAAUGUGAGAAAGAAUGACAAUGUCAAUAUGUUUUAGCCCUGUAAUCCUUGACCCUGACUAAUUAACUUUUGAUUUUAUGCAUACUGUUUUUCUUUAUUUUGUCUCUGUCACUUCUGAACAAACCUGUCAACAAGUCAAACACUGAAUGUAAACUGUAUUUUCUAUAUUACGUUUACAAAUUUUUAAAUGUUACACUGGUUCAAAAUUGAUUGUACUUUGUUAUUAAUAUCAGGGAGUCAUAAAUAGCUCAUAAAUGGCCCACUUAGGCUUAUCUUGUACAGAUAAGAUUGUAGAGGUUACUUACCAAUCACACUUCACUCGUUUCAAUAUCAAUACACCUAUAUUCACUUAUCAUUUUCUAUGCUACCCCUCUCAAAGUUUUGUGCUUCCAUGAGUAAUCUUUUUGGCACUGUCAGAUUGUAACAUUUUGCUGUUUUUGUUUAUUUGAAAUUAUUUUGCAUUGUAUAUAAACAUGAUUGCUGUGACAUGUGUAUUAUAAAGGGACCCAUUUGCAGAUAAGGUGAAAAUGGGCUGUAGUUGUGUCUCUGAGUGUUGAGGUUUUGCGUCAGAUGUUUGUGUACA